AGCAGUUAAUGGGCUGAACAAGAGCCGGCCCUACUCCCUCCCAAUUAGGAAUAGUGCCUCUCUUUCGCACUUCGCAUCGCACGCGGGACGCGAGAUUCCCUCCAUAGCUCCUCCUCUCUGGCUGUCUCGGCAACGACGGCAAGCCGACGACAACAUUUGGGAAGCAUCGACGGGAUCGGCGUACAAAGAUCUUUGAAAUUCCCAAAAUUUUCACAUACGUAAGGAAGGCUAUUAUUUUGAUUUAUCCGUGCAAAUUGCUACACAUGGGUGAUACAGACAAUUUCAGCCAGGGACAGGAUGAAAGGGAACAUUCUACUCCAAGACUUGUAGGAACUGGAAAUUGGGGUACAGCAACUGUCAUGGGUGUACUGGCUGGCAUACUUUAUGGAGGAAGCAAGGAGGCUGCUUCAUCUGUGAGCAAGGAUGCAGAAGUCAUGUUAAAGCUUGGGAGUACAACUGAUAAGCGUGAGCAGUACCAGUUGAUGAGAGAUGCAAUGGAGAAGAGGUUCAUUCAAGUGGCUCGCGGUUCUAUAAUUGGCGGCAUUCGUCUUGGCAUGUUUACUGCAACAUUCUACGGUUUACUAAACCUUCUUGCUGAUAGGCGUGGAGUUCAUGAUGCACUUAAUGUUGCUGGAGCUGGUUCAGCUACAGCUGCUAUGUUUGGCCUAAUACUACCAGGCUCAGUGAAGUGGCGUGCUAGAAAUGUCUUGCUUGGCUCUGCACUUGGAGCUGGAAUAUGUUAUCCUCUUGGAUGGCUUCAUAUUAAGCUUGUUGAGAAGGCAAAUAAACAGAUCCUACAGUCUGAUAGUACUGGGGCCACAAAUACUAGUGCAGUUGGCGCUGCAAUAGAGAGACUUGAAGGAAGUCUACAGAAAUGAAGUAUGAUCUUAUCCAACUGCUGCAUUUUGUUGUUCUCUUUGUUUGAGACAACGAGUUUCUAUUACAAGCGGGACACGGCACUGAAGGAAAAAGAGCAAGAUUUGAAUGCGAAAUAGUGUAAUUUGGGCAAAUGAUGAA